AUGUACUCCAAGACCGCCAUCAUCACCUUCUUCGCCGGCUUUGCCGCUGCCCAGAUCCACGCUCCCGUUGGCGAGCCCGCUGGUAACCCCAUCACCCGUCCUUUGAACGAGGUUGUCCCCACCUGCGAGCAGUUCACCAUCACCUGGCAGCCAACUACCCCCAACACUGUCUCUGUUCUCCUCCUCAAGGGACCCUCCACCAACGUCGUCAAGUUCGGUCCUUCUCUCGCUGAGGGAAUCGCCAACAGCGGUAGCCUCGCCUGGACCCCUGCCUCCACUCUCGAGGCCACCAACGGCCCCAACGGAUACGGCAUCCAGAUCAUUGACGAUGUCACCGGCCAGUACCAGUACUCCACCCAGUUCGGUAUCUCCAAGGGCAACUGCGAGGAGGCCGUCUCCAGCUCCAUGAUCGAGCCCAGCAGCGCCGCUGUCGCUAGCUCCACCCCUGCCGCCAGCAGCGCCUACGCUCCCGGCUACGGUGCCUCAACCCCCCUUGCUAGCCACACCCCCAUCCCUCUCCCAUCUGCUGUCCACUCCAGCGAGGCUCCUUACCCCACCACCGUCAUGACCUCUGCUAUGGUCCCUGCCUACAGCACUGGUGUCUCUGCCAACGGCACCGUCCCCAUGCCCACUGCUGGCGGUAACGCUACCACCAGCCGUCUCCCUGAGGCUACCACCAACGCCGCCUCUGGCGUCCAGGCUGCGCUCGGCUUUGCCGGUGCCGCCGCCGCUUUCGCUUUCAUGCUAUAA